AGAUUGUUCUAAAUUUGUUCACAAAUCAAUAGUGUUUAAGCAGUGAAGUUGCUAGCUAUUUAGCUUGUAGGGUGGUGUACAGGCCUCAUUUGCCAACAAAGUUAGUGAGACAGCCUUUAUUUGCUGACAAGUUUGAAAAUUCACCGAAAAAGCAUACACAUAUGGCAAAAGUCCUUGUUUUUGAGAUAAAACAUUGUUCAAAACUACCAUUUCUAGUAGCUCAGUCUUAGCUUGUUCUUGAUUUGUUCUCAACUUUCGAUCAUUUUCGAGGCUUGUGCUCUUAUUAAAAAAUACUUAUAAAAAAGACUGUAAUCUCUAGAGCCAAAGCUCUAGUCAGACGAUCUAACAUCUCGUGCAAAAUUUUCGAGUAUUUAUGAAAACAAACUGAGAUCCAAUCACUGGUCAAACAAACUUGGUGCCUUUAAGACUCUCUGAGAUUUACCAUGAAAAGAUCUGGUUAAAUGAAAGGGCGAAGAAGAAGGCUCAAACGUGAAUAUUCGACAAAAAUAUGACUAUUCAAAAAGAUGCAACAAAUGCUAAAAGACCUGGACCGAGGUUACAGCAUUCCAGGGAAGAUAUAGAUACAGCACUUAGGGCAUUUUUAGAUUCUGCGCAGCAUUGUGAAUCUGAAUCUGUGUAGCAUCGCACAACAAUACUAUGCGUUUAAAUGUUUGCUUAGGUUGAAAGCAUAAAAUUUUUAACUGGUGAUUCUAUCUAACAUCGUUUUGAAUUUAAUAUCAUUUUUCGAUUUGAUAUCAUGUUAUUUUGUCAACCAUAAAAAUGCUGCAAAUAUACAGAUCAAAACUCGACAUGCAAUUCCGUCCUUUCCGUUUUACCGUUUGGCAUUGGCCUGAAAUUAUUUGAUCUGAGGAUUUCCGUGUUUGUCAAAUCCACAUUGGAAAUAACAAGCUACAACUUAUAGAGUAUUUUUUUCGUUCCAAUUCUUUUCUGGUUGACCAAUGCUUAUGUAGACAGAUAAAACACUAAAGACCAUUAACUGCCUACCCUACCCUCGUGUUUCCGUCCACUAGAGACAGUUUCAAGGUAUUUGCAAAAUUCAUUAAGUGAUCUUCUAGACAGUUUCAAACAUUGGACUAUCCACCGAUAUGAUUUGUCACAAUUUGGGAGAAAAAAGGGGACCUGGAUUCCUUCAAGAAAGUGUUCAUUUCCUUAGACGUGGAAACUCAAUGGAACCAGGGAAUAAAACAUAUGAUAGAGCCUUUUAGGACAUGGCUUUACAUUCCAUCUACAAGAUCACCUCACCCCUUUGAGUUAAUGGCGCUGCUCCUGUAGGUUAUUCACUUCUUUUUUUCGAAAAGGAUGUUCGCUGAAAUAAAGAGUUUCAGCCUUUCAAAGGGUUGCGCUUUUUGAAAGAAUUCGCGAGUAUAACCAAGGCGCUUUUUUACAUCCCUUUUCAAUAUUAGUUUCCCCUAGCCUAUUCUGAAUGAGUGCAGCUAUAUUACCUAUGCUUUUACUAAAAUGGAUCACUGUACAAACAGAUAAUCAAAGAAUAUGUCACGGGGACGACAAAAUAUUUGAAUGGCUGCGCCCUCCAAACCCAUGAUAAAGUUAGAAUACACUUAUCUUUCAAAUGCUGUGAAAGUUUUUAGCUAUCUUUCUUAAGCAAGGUCUCAAACACAGGCAUCGUGGUUAAAUUUGAAGAUAUAUGGUAGAAACUAUUUCUGAAUUGGUUCAAGUGAAACAGUAAAAUAUUUUUCGAAAAUUUUAAAUAUAUCACUGGAGAGACUUUAGCUUCAUCAUGCCAUAAUUAUCCUUUAUUAAUGCACAAAUGUAACUCGAUUCUUCACUUCUUAGAGUGACUAGGAGGGGGAUAUUCCCUAUCUUUCCACGUCCGUUAAUUUUAAACGAAGUCAUGAUAUCCAGAAAGCUGAAGAAAACAUUUAUCCAUGGAUAUGUAACAUUGUUUUGAGGCUCAAUAUUUGGAAUUUUUCAAGCUGCAGCUGGUGUCUGGGUGUCAGCAAAAUAUUGCUGACAUGGACACACGGAAAGUAGGAAGUCCCCCUUAGGGGAAGCAAAUCGUUCAGAACUACACGGAAGCGAACUGUUGACUGAGAUCUGUUAGAGCAGCUGUCACAGAUGCGCUGUUUAAAACUGCCGUAAAAUAGAGCAAACAAUUAAACAAGUAAACAUUAAAUAUUAGUAGCAAAUUUAUAUGUGGGCUUAUAUCAAACACAAAUAAAAAUUUCCACUAAAAUUUUACUGUUCUAUAUUUGAUCUAGAUUAAUUUCAGAAAACAGGAGAUUCACUUUUUAUUAGUAAGAAAAAUAGCGUAAUUAUCUCGACAUAAAAUUUGCUGUUGUGGUGAUUUAGAAACAAACCCUGCCAAUUCACUGCCUUUGUUUAUUUUGCUUGAGUAUAUAAAACGGUUGCUAUAGCUAGUGAGCAAAUUUCGCUGAAGAUAGAGCUGAAGCAGAAGCAAAGUUCACAUCGAAACUUAGAGAAAAGGAGGAUAAAUUCCCUUGUGGUUGAAAUGCAAACCCUCCCAGUCUUAGCUGCAACUGUCUUGCUUUCUCUUCUGGUUCGCAAUGGAAGUUCGAGCUCCUUCCACUUGCCAGUCAAAGUAGUCGCGGUAGGCUUGGACAACCACUUGUACACCAAACGCAAUUUCUCUACCUCAAACAGUUGGAUAAAAAUCCCAAAAAGCUGUUGCGUCACAAAAAUCCAUACUCUUAGGAACGGUGCAAUUGUUGGAGUUGGAAAAAACAAGCAUCUAUAUUUGAAGAGGUCUCUUUUCUCUAAUUGGAGGCGCGUUCCCAAGUCAUGCUGUGUUUCAGAUGUAACAACUAUGAAGUACAAAGGUGCCCGUGUCUUCAUUGGUUUAGGAGCUGGCGGAAAAAGGCUGUAUGUGAAGAAAACUCUUAGAUCAAAUUGGAAAAGGUCUUUUAAGACUCUUAAAUUGAUUUCAAUUGCUGGUGCCGGGAAGAAACUGUUUGGCUUAUCGGAUAAGAAAGAUGUUUUAAUCCGUCGCCGUCUCAAAGGUAGAUGGGCACCUGUACCUCGGGCGAGUGGUAUUGUCGAUAUCUUUGUAACCAAGAAUAAACUGUAUGGUAUCACAGCCGACCAUCGUGUAAGAGUAAGGAACCUAAAGAGAUGGCACUCUAGAUGGAGGAAACUAAAAGGAACUUGCUGUGUGAAAUCUUUUGCUUUGGUUAAGAGACCAGUCAAUGCAAGCAUAAAGCUGAUCGGCGUUGGGAAGAACUAUCAACUUUAUUUUAAGCGGCACCUAAGCUCCUCAUGGGGACAAGUGAUCAGCAGCGGAUUUAUAAAGACUAUCACCACUCUACGUGAUGGUAGAUUGGUUGGCAUCGGAAUGGAUUUGAGUCUUUAUUACCGAGACUUUUUAGGGGAAGCCUCAUGGAAGAAAAUUCCCAACUCUUGCUGUGUUAAAUCGGUAACUGAGUUGAAGAACGGCAAACUAGUUGGGGUUGGUACCGACAAUCACUUGUGGGAGAGACCCGCCUUGGAAGGCAAGUGGACCAGAAGAGUGAAUAAUUCUUGCUGUGUAACAGGGAUAACGACCAUGGGUGAUGGAUCUCUGGUUGGAAUUGGGCUUUUUGGAGGAUUGUACCAAAGAUUGUCCUUGGAAUCAGCCUGGAAAGGGCCCUUGGGAAAUUCGUUAGAUGUCAAGCUAAUUGACAUCAAGUAUUCGUUUGGCGAUGGGUUACUUUACGGAGUCACAAAUCUUUACAGAGUUGUGAAGAAGGCAUGCCCAAGCGUCGAUACCUACUGGGAAAGCAUUUCAGCAAAUGACUGCUGUGUAUUUAGCAUUGCAGUCAGAUAAGAAGAAAGAGGAACGAAAAGUUAUUCAAGUGCUGGACACACUUUGUAUCUGUUAGCUGAGCUGCAUUGGUAUAUAUAAGUACAAAAUGGCAGUUUUGAAUAUUUUCAUUUCUUCUGCUGAAGAAAAGGUGGGGUCUGGCAUUGCUUUGUAUUUUAACAACCCAUUGAGAAAUGUCAAAAAGCAGCAAGAAGUUCCAAACACUGUGUUGUUCUCCACUUUCAUCGUUCUAAAAAGUAACUGCAUCGCCAGUUCUGAUAAUUCCUGCUCGCUGAAAAUUGCCAGUGGGGAUUGAAGGAGAGAUGCACUGUAAAGCAGAUUCCUUCAAGUGCCAUUUUGCUUUUCUAUUUUAUGAAAUAUUCCUUCAAGUGCCAUUUAGAUGCACUUUUAUAUUUGUCUUUCUUUGGGAACCGUCUAAAAGAUUAAAAAUGUCUUAUGACAACUUUCUCAAUACUAAGGGUUUUGCGCACUACUUAAUGGAAUAAGUCAAUUUAAUGGGGCUGAGAUGAGAAGGGCAUAUCCGCAUGUGCUAGCUGAUAAGUUCAAAAAUCAUCAACAUAAUUUUUUCUAUGUUUUUAAGCAAAUAUUGGUUUCUUAUAGUUGAUACAGUAUGAAUUGCUAAAUUUGGAAAAUUUUCAGGAUUUACGCAACAGUAUGGCAGUAUUUGAUGAGAUUUCGCAUGUACAUAAUCAUUUCAGGCACUUUUCCGCAUGCAAAUGUUCCAGUUUUGACUGUAAGGUGUGCAAACACAAGUUUUGUAUAAUAAUGCUAUUUUAAAUUCGGUGUGCAAUUUCAGAUUUUGACGUGCAUACCUACACUGAUCUCAUGCGCACAACAGCUAUACUCUGCAGGCUGGUUUACGCAAUUGUUGUGUUUCCUACGUCUGGUUACGGCUUUCUUAACUGAAAACACGAAACACGUAACUGAUGUGGGUGUAGGGGAAUGUGACUUACAGGCUUAGUACUGCUUACACAACAUAGGCCAAUUACGCUGAUGCACAUUGAAUUAACAAAAUGAUUCCAGGAUGUUGCAGAGGAUUCACUUUGACCACACCCCAAAAGGAACCACCGUAGGUAUGUUCAAUUUUAGCUAUCCAACAAUCGAAACGCGAUGGUUUUCUAAUAGCCUGAAUUUGAAAAAGAGUUUUCUCAUCCUGUUCGAAUUAAUUGCCAUGGUUGUGAUUACAAUGCCUAAACUUGAUUUCUUCAAGUUUUGACGACAAGUUUGUAAUCUUCUUUUACUUAACACAUCGAAAUGCCGAUACGGCGAUCGCCAUAUUGUCACACGACCCUAUUGCUAUUGCGUUGCUGUUGCAAGCUCAUACGGACAUAGACGGACACAGCCAUAAUUUUGUCUCAAUAUAUCAUCAUUAGUGUAGAUUAUAAUGUACAAUAGUACACAAUUUCAGCGACGAAGCUGGAACAAGCUUCUUUACUAAGGGCACAAUGGGUCUGAAAUUGCUCCAUAUGUAUAAACCCCCGUUCACACUUUUGACGCGCAAAACAUCUUUGGUUGUAUAACAACACCAACAACAUCAGACUUAUCAGGUCUGUUCCCGCCCCAACAUUAAUUUUGAAUGAUUGACCAAAUUAUUGUUCGAAUCAUAUGUCGAUUUAGAUAUGUUUUUGGGACAUUAAGCCUUUUAAUGUGGUUUUUAUGGCUUGUUCUUAGGGUGUUCUUGGGGUGUUCAGUAUUUUAGAAAUCUCUUUGAAUAUGCCAACAACGGCAACAGCAUAUGUGCUUUCUGGCACGCCAAAUCUCAACCAUUUUAAAGUGGAAAAUUCACAAUGGACGGAGGGCUGUUACAAAAAAGUUUCGCGAUUUAAUUUCAAUUAUUUUCAUUCAUAAUAAUGCCAAUUUGAUGUGGAUUCGUUAAGGCCUGUGCUCAAAAAUGAGGCCACCAGAAGUGUUUUUGUUGUAGCAGUGUUAACACUUACUGUAUUCGCAUCGUAUUUAUUUGAAAACGGAUCAGUGUAGUGUUAACUGACAUCGUUUUCACCAACGAAAACGGAGAAUGGAGCAGUAUGAACGUGGCCUCAACCUGUAAUACACUUAGCUAAUACACCUAUUCUUUCGAGUGUUCUGGUUCAAAUUCUCAAACUAGAUUCUAUGACGUCUUCAUUAUAGAACCCUAUAACAGUUUCUUGAUGCGAUGUCUAUAACCAUGGUUUGCAUUGUUGGUAGCAACUUAUUAGCUGAAUCGCCACCUGUUCUCGGUCGCGAUGUUGGAUGAAUCGCCAAGGGUUUUAGUUGAGUUCAGACACAUGUUUAUCUUGUUAGUAGUUCAAAAUACAUGCUUCAAUAAAGGCCCAUUUAAUUGAACGCUUCAAGAUUAAUGAACCCUGCAAAUAGGUUCAUGAUAGCAGUCUAGACUAUAAAAUGUUCGAUACAGUUUAAUCAUGGCUAUAUGAAACUGCUUCCCGUACCUCAAAUAAUUGCCAAACAAGGCCCCCUACAACAGACGCAAGAACCGCAAAGCAUAUUACAGAUUGUGUGGGCUAAAACUUUUUUAAAGGGGGGUAAAUGGUUUUAAGUUUAUUAUGAAAGUAUUUUGGGGGAGGGGGCUAGAGCCCCCUUAGCCCAACGCUUACGUGGUCCCUGAAUAGAUCAUUGAAAAAGGGGAAUCAGCAAUGCAUUGCUGUUCGUUCAGCUCUCCCUUGCAGCAAUAGGAAUUCCAUCUAAACAGGGCUUUUGCAAGAAACAUGUUUGUAACAGGUGGUUGUAUCCUAUGCUCCUUUAAAUUGAACAUGGUUAUAGAAUACAGCUACUCCUUCAGCAUUAUUGAAUAAAACUUUCGUUUAACAAACGACAGCAAUGACGAUAAACUCGCCAGAUGUUGUGAAGCUCGACUUUUGGUCAGGAACAGCAGUGCAUUGUUUUUUUUCUAGCAUGUUAUGUCGUCCGUAGGUAUGUGAAGGUUUGUAGUAUGCUUCGCUCGAACAAUUUGUAUAAACUCAAAGCCAUACUAGCUGGCCUAAUAUUUUGCGCUGUGUACAUACUAAUACAAAAUGGAGCCCUUAUCGAGGAGGAAAAUCACGUAAUUAGGGGACAACAAAGCCGACUGAGAACUGGAUUUUCAUUGGAAAAGUUGGAAACAAGACCCCCAGAGAAGUAUUCUGGGAAAGAUCCUCUUAUUUUCCUACAGACAAAGAAGAUCCAUAGCUCUUUGAUGUACAAUGAGCCAUGCGAACUGACCAGAGAUCCUGCAAAGUUUACGGAAAGUGAUGCAGUAGUAUUUCACGGAAAAGAUUUGCCAUUACCUGAAAAUUUCAUAAAACUGCGAUCAAAGCCGCUACUUGCAGGUCAGCUUUGGGUUUACUUCAAUUUAGAAAGCCCUAAGAAUACGCGGAAGGUACUUUCAAACGAAAUGCUGUUUAACCUGACCGUAACACCACAGCGAAACUCAGACAUUGUCCAUCCGUACGGGUAUCACAGCAAGACUAUGGAAAGCCGGCCUAAAAAAGUAGAUGUUAAAUCAAAAACAGGUUUUGUUGCCUGGUGUGUGAGCAACUGCGCCGUGCGUUUCCGAAACGAUUUCGUGCAUCUAAUGCAAAGAUACGCCCGCGUCGAUGUUUUUGGAAAGUGCAGUAAGGAUUAUGGCCCUGUGAGGAUCUGCAAUCGUAAUACGGAAGAAUGCGAGCAAUAUCUAUCACGGUAUAAAUUUUAUCUUGCUUUUGAGAACUCGCUUUGCACAGAUUAUGUAACAGAGAAGUAUUGGGGAGCGCUUCAACGGGGGAACGUUCCAGUUGUUAUGACAGCAAACGUGGAUACCUUGAUACCAGGGUCAUUUAUCGAUGCUACGAAAUUCGAAACUGUUCAAAAGCUAGUCAUGUACCUCAAUUAUUUACACAAACACGACGAAGAAUAUUUGAAGUAUUUUGCGUGGCGAGAGAGAUACGAAAUUGAUUAUGAACCGGGAGAUGCGCGAAGAGCUGACAUAUGGCUACCGCAGCUUUGUGACUUUCUAUUAGAUAUGGAUUGGUCACAAAAAAGAAUUGUAAAUCUAUCCAAAUUUUACAGUGUUGAGGAAAAUUGUCCAAAGGAAAAAGAAAAUAAGAUUAUCAGGAUAAUAAAAAGAGGAGUCUAGAUAUAAAGAUUUGUAACCUACUUAUUAGGUAUCUGUUGCUGUUGAAAACUGUAAAGAAUUAUAUUUACGAACCCACGUGUUUAUAUCGACGACAUUUUCACUGUAGCAGCUCGACACAGCUACUCGUGUUAAUCACUUCCAGCGAAGUUCAUAUUCGUUUACGUGGGAAAACAAACUAAAAAGCGAAAGCCUUUGCUUUGCCACUUUUAAAUUUUGCAAGAAAGCAAAGAUAUUUCAAAUGGAAAGCCAACUACAGUAGCAAACGUCAUCAGCAUCAUUUUCAGAUGUCGCCAUUUUGUGAUGCAGAAAGGGUAUCCAACUCCUUGGUAAGAGUGUCUCAGGAGGAAAAGUUAGGUUCUAAAAUCUAAGCGUUAUUAAGGCUCUUCCUUGCAAAACAGUGUCUUGGUUUAAAGGAGUCAUUUUUUGUCGGAGUAAUUUGUUCAGUGGCUUCGGAGUCUUCAAGUGACUGGCGGCUCUCCUUUGUUAUCUGCGUUCUCUCUGUAAGCCCAACAGGGACCUCUUGGAUAAGCAAUCUAAAACAGUAAGAAUAUUUCUGACCUGGAAUAUCUUUUCCUGUUAUUUUGUUCUAUGUCUUGCGCCAAUUAAUAGUCAAUGAAAGAACAAUUAUCUUAACGGCAUCACUUUUACAGGAGAAAACGGGAGAAAACCUACUUGAUUUCUGAAAUGAAAAAUUAAGCUUUUGCAAGAAUUGCAAUAGUCUGUAAAAGUGGAAGUGACAAUGGGUACUGUGUCAUUGACAAAAGCGAGCUUAUUUAAAUUAUUGUUCAUUUUUGUCUUUUGCUAUGGCUUUCCUAUUUCGGUCCCUGAUAAUGUGUUUUUAUGAAGCAAUAUCUUCAUACCUUUCUAAUUGAUAUUAGAUAAAAGUGGCUUCAAAAACAAAAGGUUUUGAUAUCUUAGGCAUAGGCGUACGGAGUGAGU